GGAGUGUUUCCGCUAGUUUUGGCGGUUUCGCUUUAGUGUUUAAUCAAACUACAUUAUUCACAUGAUUUUCCAUUACACAAUGUUUUCUCCUAACAUUACCAAAUAUGACUGGCGACGGCAUUUUCUAUCUAUACUUAUUCAAUAUCGUUGGGUGGAAUCACGUCUGUGGUAUGUUCUCUGUCUGUGGUGACAAGUGACAGAGGCCACAAGGCGUACUUUUGGGUGUUUGAUAUGUUUCCGCUGUUUUGUUUUGGGCUCAUGGUGGUUCCAGUAUUCUGUCAUUUCAGUGACUAUUCGUAAACAUACAUCGUGUGUAGUGCAGGUAGUUGGCUAACUCUCUCCCGGUGUUCUGUUCUGUGUUAAUUAGUAACUCUCGUUGGUAUUGGUAGUAUUAUAUGUAUAUAAGCAGUGAAUCGCUGAUAUUACAAAGAAGUUACUGAUUAAGACUUUCCGCUUUACGUGAAUAGAUGUACUAGUACAGAGUACUUGAAAAAAACAAAACGUUUUUUUUUAAAUAUGAUUUACACAUACCAAACAUUAUCGUAUGCCGCAUAUUUGACAGUUAACAUGUUUUUCCUACAGACAGUGUCAAUGAUGCAGAGCACUUCAGUUGUAUGGGUAUGGAUGUUGUUUCCGUCAACAUGCCAUGAUUUAGUGAAAUAUCUAUGUUGUUAAAUAUGAGAGCAGUUGGAAAGCAAAACAUCAUUUAGACAGUGUAUCCCACAUGCAUUUUUGGAUUGAUAAACGCAGUCAAGGAUGUGGGUUUAGCGGAAGACAUCUGGUGCCUCCGUCACUCUCUGGAUACGGUCGUAGUCAGAGAUUUUUGUGUGGCGGUUUUCAUCCUAAACCGAUGGUAACUCCAGUACAUCGAUUUCAGUCUAUUGAGAGUGUAGCUAAUGGUGGUUUGAGAUAUGCAAGAUCCUCUGGUUUCCACGCUCGGAACCCUGUUCAGUGUCAGCCAUCUGUGUAUUACAAUGGUGCAAAUAGUAGUAUUCGAAAUAAUUCGCAGAUGGGCCGUACAGUGGAAAUGAUCAGUACAGGUCAGGUUCAUUCGCCCACACCUCGUCGAAAUGGUACUCCAACGGCAAAAUUAAAAUGUGGUGUUUGGGUCUUUUUUGCCAUAGUAACUUUCUUUUUAGCUGGUGCCAAAUAUUACUUUCAUGGGGUUAACAUAGGCAUGGAGGCGUUUGCAUUUUGUUCCCUUCUUGUUAUAAUUCUAAUAAUAGGAGGAUUGGUUUCAUUGUAUGAAGCCAUUACUGCAACAGCAAAUACUCCACCAAGAGAGAAUGUGACAGCUGCUCCCAGUAUUGAUCAACAAAUGGAAGAAACUCACAACAAUCAAGUGCCAAGCUCUCUCAUACCGCCCGAUUCUGCAGAAUUGCCACCUCCUCCAUACCACAUUGCCAUCAUGUUGCCUUCACAAAAUGGUACUGAAACUGUGCAAGUUAUACAGGACUCCCCUCCGCCUUCGUAUGAAAAAGCAGUCACUUAAUUCACAGGAGACUCAAAUUAUUAUUCUUUCAUAUAUACAUAUAUAUCGGCUCUUUUUAUAAAUUUUAUUAGUGUGAAGAUUUUAUGGGGAACUGAUAAAUAUAAUUUAUCAUGGCCCAAUGCCAAUAUUUUUUGAAAUUUUUCGUAACGAAAUCAAUUUAUAAGCUGUACAGAGGCAGGGUGAAUUUUUUGUAAAAAGUGUUAUCUAUCAUUAAAUGUUAAAAGAUAUAAUUCACAAAUUGUGAUUUGACCAUUUCUCGUACUUUUGGCAUUGUUUCCAAAAACAUUUAAAUUUAAAUACAUGCUUUUACAUUCCUUUAGAAUCAAGUUAGUUUAAUACCAUACCAUAAAGUAAAAAAGAAAAAACGUGCCUGAAUUAUUUUAAAUCAGUAGCUUUGCAAACAUUUCAAAAUUUUAACGUUGAAAAUGUAUAGUGACGUAGAGUUAAAGUCGGGCAGCACUUUUUGUUGACUGUGGGUAUUACUGUAUUGUUUCAUAAGGCUAUUUAUGGUACAAGUAAAUAAUGCUUAGCUUUAUUGGACGCAAAUACAAUUAAAACGCAUUAUUUACUUUACAUAGCUUUAUGUUUGACUCAAUAGAAUUUUUUUGUUGCAACUUUCACAUCCAUUUUAAAAUUCAUAAUAAUAUUUAGUAGACCGUUGCCACGGUCAAAUGAAUAAUUGUGCUGCAGUCCAAAUUUCUUAACAGUUCAAUAAUGUAGUGGAUUAUGGACAGUUGCAAGUGUCAUAAAUGACGUUGUUAUGAUUGCGUGAAACAUAAAGAAAAUUUCAAAUCACUGUGGAAAUAGUAAAGUAUUAAUAAAAGCCUGGUUUACCAAAAUUGGUGAAACAGUCAUGGGAAUGGUAACUUGAUUCCUGACUUUAAAUUUCCGUCUCUGUACCUAUGAUUUUCUAAGGACAAUCAUUAACAAUGGAAAAUGUAAAUUUUAACUCUUCCACGUGUAUUUACUAUAUUCCAUUAAUUUGACAGUUUUCAAAUUAUUGUAAAUUAUUAUAUCCGGACGACUUAGAUCAACUAUAUCACUAUGCUGGUGAUUACCGCAUUUACCAUUCUAUAGCAUUUUAGCACUGUUUUAAUUAAAUUAUUUGUAAUUGACGAAACCAUAACAGAUGAAUGUCUGUUGUAACAUUACUCAACACCACUUUUAAAAUUAAUCUGGUUAGCGUCUCAAAAAUAUGUUUUACACAUAGACAUACGCAUUGUUAAAAUUUCAUUUCUCAAAUUGAAAAUUUCCUACAAAUAAACGCUGAGAUUAGCUUUAGAGUUUAAUUUGCUUUUUCAGACUAUUUUUCAAUAUCUAUUUAUGACUUGGAAGUUUUUCUUCAAUUAUUGUAUAUUUAUUGCAAGUGUGGUGCGCUUCACACUUAACCUCUUGAAUUCACCGCAGUUUGUGUACCUAAACAAAACACAAAUCUAAAUUUAGAUAUGAAGCUAACUUUAGGCAUAUGAACACGCCAUGGACAGUGUUUGAAACAGUUACAGGAAAACAUUUUUCAUUAUCGCUAUGUUUGCUUAUGUUAACAUAUUGGUGUUCUACAUAUUUAUGUGCCUUGGCUGUAUAUUGGAAAAUGCGGUCCAUGUUUUGAGGUAUACUUACUGCUACAUUCAGUCCUGGUAACUUAUUACAUUCAUAUUUUGCAGGAAUGAUUAGGUACAAACAUUUGUAUUUUGUCAUUAAAUAUGUUUAUACCUUGUAAUGGCGCUAGAGUGAAUUUUAGACAGGCACAGUGGAUCCUGAAAUUUCCAUUAAAAUUUAAAACUAGCAUCUCUGUUGGUAAUUAUUUUUCGUUAAAAGUACAAGUUAUCACAACUAGUUGCAGUUGCCUGUUAUCUAAAAAUCUUUCAUAAUUUUUACAAGUUAAAACAUUGUUCCCAUAUCCAAAUAAAUAAUUUUGUUUAAGAGUAAAGAGUUGAAAUCUAAACGGAUUUUUUUUAAUGAAUAUAUAGUAAUUAAUUUGAGUAAAUAAAUAUAAUUCAUAAACAAAAAAUAAAAUUGCGACAUAUAUAAAUUAAUUGAAUUGAUAGCUCAGUUUAUUUUUAAGAUGACUUGCACCUAAAUUAGCACAUUUUAUCAUAACUUGCAGCAUUCCCUUUAAUUGAAAAGUUGAUAUUUUUACUUCUCUGAACAUAAGCUAAGGAAGCAUUGUAACAGAGUCCAUCCGGCGAAUGACCAGUGGCUGCUUCAGUUUUCUCGACAUUUUGAUGAUCCCUGUAGUAAACCAAAAUUUGUCGGAUCAUCCUCAAUAACAAUUUGAUCACAUCGCCUCAAAAUUUUGCGUGGUAAAUGCUAUUUAAAUUUUGUAAAAUAAUAUACCCCUGUACUUGUUUUAUGAAUGCGUCUUGAGCUUUUACCCUAGGCAUCCAGAUUUUCGCAAACAAAUCAAAAUUGUGUAUACUAAUAUAAAAGGAACGUACAACAAGCGGUCGACCGCUCAAAUCAUUAGGCGCUUGGUAAUAAGCAAAAGUCGUGGCUUUCGUCAUGGACCACUUAAAAAAAAACACUAAAUUUAUUUGAUCGCACUUCAGGAGUGAGGAAAGCUAUAAUACAUAACAUGAAAUCAAAAAAAAAAAAUUUUAUGCGUUUCUUGUAAAUUAUGCUUAAGAGAUGUAGUACCUACAGACAAAGUACAAUUUAGAGAGAUCUUUCACUGACCUGUGACUCCUCUGGCGCCGUUAUUAGUUUUACAAAAGAGAGACAAAGGUUAUUGCAAAACGGUACCUGCAUGUGAUAUUCAUAGUUCUAUUUCAUUGUGUAUGUGAGUGUAACAAUGAUUUAAUAUAUUAUUAAAUCUUGGUCAAACUAUGGAAUGUAACGUAACGAUACAAAUAAUUAUGUAGCAUAAUCUUUAAACUGUAAAUAGUGAAUUCAAUUUUUCAUAAUUCUGUCGUUUCCAUUUGCAGUCGUUAUGUACACGUACGUAUGCGCUGCAGGUCUCUUGUUCCUUACAUAUUGGUGUUGUUCAGAAAAAUAUUAAGCACUAACUGUUUCCAGUAAUGAUUUGGGAUAGAGCUAUGCAAAAAGUAUAUUGUUACCUUUCUCUUCUUCAAAAAUAUUUGUGCGUAAAUUAUUAUCAAAGGCCAGUAUUAAAAUUUUUCUGGAUAACAGUGUACAUUGUAUUGUAAAAGGGGCUGAGAUUUCGCAUAGAUUUUGACUGGUUAAAAUAAGUGAAUGAAAUUACUACUAGUAGAAGUUCUAGGAGACAAGUAAAGUUUUUUUUCCAGAAACAACCUUUUUAUCAAAAGAGUGGUAUAGACUUAUCAAAAAAUGUAUUUGAUGAUUGCUCUAAAAAGUUAACAGUACAAAGUGUAGGAAUGCAGAAAUUUUUGAAUCUGACAAUUUUGACCAGUCAGAGUCCCCACCCAGACUGUAAGUUAUCACAUUUGAUCUUGGAAUAUACCUAUAGUAUAUAAUGUGAUUUGUGGUUUAAAAGUGUAUUCGCAGUAUUAAACAGCAUUUACAUCUUUGUAUUCUUCUACUACAUGUGAAAUACAAAAUACAGUGUUA